AUGCAGAAGCAUAUCCCUCCGCCUGGGGCAAAAAGUAUUUACGAGAUACUUACCGAGGCUCGCACUUACCUUACUCGCGUCUCCCCUGCGCAGCUCCUAGCAGAGCUUCAGGUCUCAUCAGCUCACAGCCCAACGCAUAUUAUAGACAUACGGCCCGCAGCACAGCGCAAAAGAGAAGGCGCUUUCACAUUCCCCAGCGGCCCUCUGUUCGACGCAUCUGCGACAAAACACACAAUUAGCAUCAUUGAGCGGAAUGUCCUCGAGUGGCGCUUGGAUCCCCAGAGCGAUGCUCGUAUCAAGGAGAUUGUGGAUGAGUUUGGCUAUGACACGCGCAUCAUUGUCUCGUGUUCAGAAGGGUACACAAGCUCCUUAGCAGCGAGGGAGUUGCAGAAGCUAGGACUGUCGCGAGCGACAGAUUUGGCUGGCGGGUAUUGUGCGUGGCAAAAGUAUUUAGAGGCUAAAGCAACUGGCGCAACAGCUGGCCGUUGA